UUUUAUUAUAAAUUUAUUUUUACUCUACACUGAAUAUAUAUUAUAGGUUUUUACGAAAUGUUAAUUAAUAAAAUUCCAUUAUGCAUUCAUAGCAGGUAUUAAGAAACUGCAAUGGAUUUUAGAUAAAUAUUCAUAUAAAAAUAAUAUUUAUAUUUAUUGUUGAAAUAGAUAUUUCACAGCUGCAAUGAUCUUGUGGCUGACUAACUCACAUUAUCUUCUGUGUACGGAUUAUAACGAAAAAAGUUUAUAAAAAAAGAAUGUACGUCUCGAUAGCUUUCACGAACUAUUGAUAGCAUCUUUGUUAUCGAUGGUGUAUCAUGUCACAAGAAAAAUGUGUAUAGAUAGAUAUUUCGCGAAAAUAGUCAUUAUUAGUUCAUUGAAUAGUCCGCUCAAGCAAAGACGCUCCUUUAAUUCUGAACGAAAUCUGUUUCAAUCAAUUUUUAAUCUUGUUUUAUUGAUAUGGCAUUGACAAUUGUAUGGCAAAUGAUUCUAUUCGAAGUUUUAGUUAAAGAGAAAUCGGUGUCAUAGAAUCUAUAGAAAACUGCAGACUGUUUAUGUGCACACGCAAAUGAAAUUCCAGAAGACGGAAGCUAACAGAGAAGGUGCUAAAAAAGAACGAAAAGUUAAAAGGAAGCAAGCAGGUCUAUAAAUAUAAAUCGAAGCUCGUGAUGUGCGUAUAGUAAGUGCCACUUUAUUUAUCAUCACUUCCUCGUAAUUAUUACUCAGCAUCAGUUUUUUCUACGUCUUCUUUGUAUGCGUGCACCAAGUCCGUCCGGAGUUGCACCUUCUGCACUUCGUUUCUUUUCUUUCUCUCUUUAUCUUUUCAGAGAACGAACGUACACCUCUAUCUUGUUCAAAUGCACCCGCUUGCGAGAGAGUGCAGGCAAAACGAACGCAAUCGCAGCCUGGAGUACGCUCCGUCUCUCUCCGCGCUUCGUGGAAAUCGCGCGCAAGCGGGGACGCCAUUGGCCGCGACGCCGCCCCACUUCAUUCCACUCGUCAGUCGGGCUCAAGCCCUCGUUGAGUGCGUGUUGUGCAUUGUUGGUUGUGCUUUACGUCGGUACGCGAGCGUACGGAUUUGUCACUGAAAAAGAUCGAGCGCUCGCGUAGCAUGUCUUGACGAGUAGGAGAGGUGUUACGACAGGGUUUCCGGCAGAUAAGGGUUCUCCAAAAUGGCGGGCGGUCAUCAGCAGCUUCCGGAGCAGUACACGGUGCCGCAAUACGCGAGGAUCUUCCACAGUCUGCCGCAUCUAAAUGUCUCUUUGCAUUCGGUCAAUAAUACCUUCAAUCCGCACUCCGAGAUCUACUUGGAGAGCCUUGGGAUAUUGGGAAGUAUUCCUGCAGCCUGGUUGAUUUUAACGUUGCUGGUGUUGCUGGUUUAUUUGGUAACGAGAUGCUGCGACCGGAGGCCGCGCCCCAAGAAGUCGAUAACCGCGCUGAAGUUUUCGCUGGCCAUCCUGGCGUUGCUCUGUAGCGGAGCGGUCGCCGUUGGUCUUUAUGGCAACGACGACGUGCACAAUGGCUUAGUACAACUCGUGGCAGCGGCAAAGAAUGUUGACGGUAUCCUCAUGGGAGUCAGAAAUCAGACCGACACUAUAGAAGUGACUCUGAAGAAAAAAGUGGAGCCGCAGUUGACUGCUCUCCGAGACGCAUUUGACGCUCCGGCCAGCAAUAAAACUAUGUUAGGCUGGUUGCUGGUGGCGCUAAAUAACAUGAAAGAUAACACGAGCAUCGCCGCAAAUCGGAGUUUUGAAAUCCGGAAGCCAUUAAACGGCAUCAGUCUCGCCGGCGCCAUCGGAAUGGGCGAGAAGAUCGAACAGUUGCGAUGGCCUAUCACCAUGGCAGUUCUGAGCGCUCUGCUUGUUCUCUGCGUGGUUCUGGUGGUCGGCGUUGCGCGACACUCCAGAUGCGUUCUCAUAACAUUUUCCGUGUUCGGCUUGUUCGCGGUGAUCGUCUCUUGGCUCAUGGCAUCCUUAUACCUGGCAACUUCCGUAGCCCUAGGUGAUCUCUGCGUGUCGCCCGACGGCUACUUAAGCAGAGCCGUACCGUCGACCUUAGCUUCCGAGGUGCUCUCGUACUACACGCAUUGUGAGAACACGCGCAGCAAUCCGUUCACGCAGAGAUUGCGGGACGGGCAGCGCGCGGUGGGCAACAUGAGACACAAUCUGAACGCUGUCACUCGACUGGCAGUGGAACUGUACAAGGAGCAGCAUCUCCAGCCGAAGCUCAGCAGUUUAUCCACGGACGUUAACACCGUGGACAGACUCAUGUCCGGCCUGGCUACGUUACUCGACUGCAAACCCCUGCAUAAGCAAUACGUUCACGCCGCUAAGAGUUUAUGCCACUUGGGACUGUAUGGAUUGACUUUUAUGCUACUAGCCAGUUUAGCCGCGGGUCUCUUGUUCACCGUACUGGUUUGGGUGGAUUCUCAUACGUGGAUAUACAUACGAAAACGAAGAGAUUACCAUCAAGUCGACGAGCAGGAUCCGUAUUUACCGCCGUCGGCGGCCUCGCAGGCGAUAGCAGCGCGGACCCUUCGAGGCCAAGGGUCGUACCCGCCUACAGCCCCUACGCUUAAUUCGAAUGCUCUUGGCACUCAUAAUACGAUUAAGCAGCCUCUCUUGCUAACGCCGCCCCCACCGUCCUACGCUACUGCGACUGCUCGAGCACGUCAACUGCACGAGAGCAUGCUAAAAGGUGGGGGUGUUAACGGGAGCGGAGCAGGCGGGGAUCACAAAUCGUCUCAGCAUAAUCAGCAAUCGACGGGUGGACGAACUGAGCACCGUUCUGGACUCGGAGAUCAACCUGGCCAGUACGCGACUCUGAGCAAACAGUGCAAGACCCUGGAAUCGAGUAGAGAACCACCGUGGACGCCCAGCGUGGCGUCUUUUACCGGUACCCUGUCUCACAAUUCGCAUGGACCUGCGCAUCUUGCCACUUUCCAAGACUCUCGGAAGACGCAAACGCUGGAUCCGAAGAAUCUGGCUAGCCUGAAAAGGGGGGGCCCCACCCCGGCUUGGAAUCAAAAUCGACCGCUCCCGCCGAAUCCCACGAAUCAGCAGCCUACGUGGGAGUUCGAGUCACGCUCGCAGACCAACAUGAAUCAGUUUCGGUCGUUGGUGCGGAACAAGGCGCCUAACAUUCGCAUUCAGGACCAGAUGCAGGAUCAAGUCAGAACUUUGGACCGUAAUUUCUCGCGCGGUCAGUUCAACGGUACCGCCGCGCAGAACAGCACCGUGCCGAACAUGUACGGUACGUAUAAUCGCGCGCAGGGCAGGCAGGAGAAGCCGACGGUGGCUACAUUGAGUCAGGUGCAGGGUAGCGAUCCUAAUCUGUAUGCUGUAACGGAACUCUAAUCGUGCGACCGGGAAAAAGCCGGGAAACGACGUCAUCGACGGAUCACGUCGUGAGUAGGAACUUGGCGGAAUGGUAACCUCUCCGUCGCGAGUUUUAUCCUUCGACGAGUCUCAAAUCGCGUGCGAUUCCGAGUUCCUACAGAGAGAAAUGGCAAACUGAUUUUUCGGAUGAUUUGCGAUACAAGUGAGAAAAAUAGGAGGGGGCGAUGAAGUUUCGGAGAACACGGGAAACUUGUGCGAGGUAUACUUUAUAUCCGAGAUUUUGUACUUGUAUAUCAUGUACAGUGGAUAUUGUGGUACGUCCUUCUGCGUUUAUCCUGUCGAUUUGUUACCGCGAUUUCUUGAUCGGAUCGCGAGCUAUCCUUAAGCUUGAAGCGGCGACGUACGUAUUUAUUGUUUGUUGGUUGGCUGGCCGGAGGGAGAGAGCUGCACGAACGACUUAAAGCACAAGUAUCUUCACACAAAGCUUUACAUCGACAUACAUAAUUUACAGAGAUACUACUCGCUUCUCUUUAUUCUAAAUUAGCCGUUAAUUUUUCGCGCGUAAUGCUUGACUGAGCGAAACUGACUAAAUAACGCAAGGCUUUCGAAGGGAAUACCAAAAGAGAUACGGUUUUUAUAUACUUUUUACAUUUUAAUCGAACGAAUCUAUGUUGACUUUUUCCGUGAGAGGUAUUUAAUACACUUUAUAUGUGUGUGAACGUAUACGUGUACAUCUAGUUACCGCACGAAUGUCUGGUGAUUUUUUACGAGACACUCUGGCAGAAUUCGAUCGAAUUAUGGAAUACGCUCGAUGACUGCCAAUGCUCAGACAAACGUAUUCUUUAAGUACAAACACGGUGGUAGUAUACACAGGUGUUGAAAUUUUUCAGUUUUUAUACGGAAAGAAGAAUAAAACGAGCGUCGAACAUAUAUAUUAAAUGAACGAUGAGAUCAUUGGAAACUUACUUCCACAAGCGAUUCUAGCUAAUGUACGAUGUACCCUUUAAAGGCAGUGGGGAAAAUGAAUCUAUCGCAAAAGUUGAAUCUUACUUGUACUCUGUAAGGGUCACAAAUGAAUUUUUUGCGGAGUGCAGUCUUCCUGAGAUAUUCUGUAACACUAGAGAUAUAUCGGAUAUCCAGCAAUUAUUCAGCAUUCGCGAAAUCGGAUUGUACUUCGGUAUCAAUGUUCAACUUUGAAUGCUUCACACAAAAUGACAAAAUGACAAAAAAUGUAGGUGCGUACAUGGAAAAAGGACAGAUUUUCUAAAGUUUUUAAUGUAAUUUUUACCAAUUUCGUUCAUGUCAGUAAUAAUAAUCGUACGCAGUACGCAUCGUACUAUGUUCAAAUAUCGAAGAACAAUUUUGUAUUUGAAUAAUUGUCGGUUGAAUAAAUGCUAUUUACAUUUAGCAUCCGGCAUCCGCCUAGCGAUUAAAUAUUGCCACGGAUGCCUGAUUCUACAUUAUCCGGUACAUCUCUAAUCGGUAUUAUUCAAAACUUUGUAAAAGUUGACAGAGAUUUUUAGCAAUUACAUAUGAUACUUUAUACUCGCAUCCGCAUAUAAUUCACAGAAUAAGUUUUGUAUAUAAACAGUAACAUUUAAGAUUAUCGAGUAAACGUGAAAAAGAGUGUGAUAAAACGAAUCUAGAUGUUAUGCAAAUUUGUGAAAGCAUUUUGUGACUUUGGUUUGACGGUUCAACUAUCUGAAAAGGAAAGGAAAAUCGUGCCAUUCCAGAAAUGUUUGCAUUUAUCGCAACCACUUUCCAGAGUUUUUCUUACGGCUUGCGUUUAUAGUCCGAUAACGUAAUCGCAAUACUGAGCAUUGAAAGCGAAGGCGAAUAGCGAAGAAACUUUUAAUCCAAUGUAAAUAAUUGUAAUAUUUAUUGUGGAGCGAUAGCUCUCGUAGACUAAUAGCUAUAGUUUAGUUAAAUGCUAAUUUAAGUUUCGACGGUAAAUAUUAAACGUGUACAUGCGGCGUGCACCGCCGCGUGCACAUAAUGUGAGACGAACGAAUAUGUCACUUUGUUCAGUUUAAAGUUGAAGAAGUACCCUAGUCAGUACAUGAAGUUGUGUACAUUCGAUACAAGCGAAAGAAAGAUCUCUUGCCAAAUUCUUAACACGGCUCAAUUUUCAAGAAAAGAACAUAGAGAGGACUGCUCUUUUUUCUCAGAUAUUUGUAUCGUUACUAUUAAUACAUAUGGAAGCUAUAUUAGUGCAUCAUUGCUCCGAUACAUGUUCUAGAUUUUAAGAAAAAAAGUUCUCAUCGAGAAAAUAAUACAAGCGACAUCCAACCUCAGUGUUUUAAAGAAAAAAGGCAGGAAUAUGAAUUUUUAACGUAUUUUCUUCUUUUUUCUCAGAAUAAUUAUUUGUUUUGCAGUUUGUUUUUACGAUAUCAAUCAAUCGAUAUGCAAUAAGUAAAAUCUUAAUUAUUUUUUCAUUUAGUAAAAUUCAAAAAGAGAGAGAGCA